CUCCUUGCCCGAGACGAGGAUGAGAAGCGAGGGAAAGACGGCGGGAGAGCGUGCACUGCUCUUCCGGCCGGUUCUUACAUUCUCCUCGGCUGGCAGUGAUUGAGCUCUGCUCUGCUCUCAAGGCACCAGGACGUCGUGGACAGCACACGCAAUAGAUUCAAGCAGAUUCGAAAAGUUCUCUGAAGUCAACGGGGUGGAAGAGCGCAACAGAGCGGAUUGAAGCCAGACCCGAGGACUCCUUGUCGUAUCUCGCAUCGGCAUGCCUCAGAAUAGCAAACAAAAGCCCCAAAGGCUGGUGGCAUAAUUUGACGUAAGAAUCUUUCUGCAAUUUUCGACCGCAACUUGUUGUAAGAAACUCACAGAAUAAGGUCCGGCAGCUGUGCCCUCCGUUGACGGAUAUAGAUUUGCCAAACGAGCCUCCAAGAUGACGGGGUCAAAACAUGGAGCAGAAUCUUCGUGGUGCUGUCAAGGCACGAGUGCAUAUGAAAGCACACUACGGUCAAGUACCGAGCUCCUGAGCGAAUCAGGUUGCGGCCAGCAGGGACGGCUCUCAUGUGAGCCCCGAACGGCGUUGGAAAAUAGUAAGAGGGUACAAUCGUCGAUUGGGAACUUUAGAGCCGGCGGACGAGCAGUGGGGCCGCUUUUAAUAACCUCUGCAGACAAAGAGGCGACGGCUUCUGGGAAUCCUUGUCGGUCAUCGGUGUGGACUGUGGAGUGAUGUGGCGAGCAGAGUUGCCGCGAGAGCCAGAAUCAGGGUCUACGAGAACCACACUGGGCGAGAAUUGUUGUGCUUCUCACGUUGGAGCUCCAAUAUUGGAAUUCUGAGUCGCUUAUACUGGCUGCGAGCUUUUGCUCUGUGCAAAUUGGAGCUGAAUCUAGUUUGCCCAAUCAUGUGAUCCAGCACCUUUUCAUUGACUUACUGUAGAUGGAUCCAUCCCCUUGCACUGGAUCUAUCUGUAGACAGAUUCCGGGGCCCUCGUAAAGCAGCUCGCUCGCUUAUUCUCAAGACUGCUAUCCACUAUAAAGGAUGGGCCCUUUUACUGAAAUCUCAGACUACCAGAGUGUGUAGAGCAACCCUGUUGUCUGCGCUCUCUCUCUGGCUCUCUGAUCUCUGCUUUUCCGCUCUCUGCCCUUCAAUGGCGACAUCUUGUCCCCCGGACCUGACAUUUGGUGCCAAGUAUUACUCCUUGGUCGAUGGAGUCUGUACGAGAGACACGAGCUUCUUUGGAGAUAAGCCAGUGCUGGGUCAGAGUGUCGGCUAUGCCGUGGUUCUAGGCUUCGGUGCCUUCUUCGCCUUUUUCACUUCCUUCCUGGUAUGGCUAGAGAAGCGGUUCCUAGGAGCUGUGCAUACCUCGGAGUGGUUCAAUACAGCUGGUCGUAGCAUCAAGACUGGUCUUAUUGCCAGUGUUAUCGUCUCACAGUGGACAUGGGCGGCCACAAUCUUGCAGAGUUCAAAUGUGGCUUGGGAAUAUGGAGUCAGUGGGCCCUUCUGGUACGCCAGCGGAGCCACAAUCCAGGUCCUCCUCUUCGGAGUCAUGGCCAUCGAAAUCAAGCGUAAAGCGCCUUCAGCUCACACCAUCUGCGAAAUCGUUCUCGCAAGAUGGGGCUUCCAUGCGCACAUGGUGUUCCUGUUCUUCUGCUUCAUGACCAACAUUAUCGUCACGGCAAUGCUUCUUCUCGGAGGCUCUGCGGUGGUGGAAGCUUUGACGGGCAUGAACAUCUACGCAGCCAGCUUUUUAAUUCCACUGGGUGUGAUCGUAUAUACUCUUGCUGGAGGAUUGAAGGCCACCUUCUUGGCCAGUUACAUUCACUCUGUCGUCGUUCACGUGGUGUUGGUCGUGUUCGUCUUCCUGGUAUAUGUUGCAAGCAAGGAUUUGGGAAGUCCUAGCGAUGUCUACCGAAAGCUCUCAGCGAUUUCGUCUCAUGAUCGGAUCUGCACCUCUCCCAUCUCCUACUCGAACCAAGCCUGCGGAACGGUGGACGGUAACCACGGAGGCUCCUACCUCACCAUGCUCAGCUCCGGGGGUUUGGUUUUCGGAAUCAUCAACAUCAUCGGCAACUUCGGCACAGUCUUCGUGGACAACGGAUACUGGAUGAGCGCAAUUGCUGCAAGGCCCACAUCGACUCACAAGGGUUACCUCCUCGGAGGACUGGUAUGGUUCGCCGUGCCGUUCUCGCUCGCCACAUCUUUGGGUCUGGGAGCCCUGGCUCUAGACCUUCCCCUGACUGCAGCUGAGGCCGGUCGUGGGCUCGUUCCUCCUGCCACAGCAGUCGCUUUGAUGGGUAAAUUUGGUGCUGUUCUGCUUCUGACCAUGCUCUUCAUGGCGGUGACAUCAGCGGGCUCAGCAGAACUGGUUGCGGUUUCCACUCUGGUAACAUACGAUAUUUACCGCACCUACCUCAACCCCAAGGCCUCAGGAAAGCAGAUUUUGAAGGUUUCUCGUUAUGUCGUGUUGUCGUUCGGGCUCUUCAUGGGAGUGCUGGCAGUGCUUUUGAACGUGGCUGGAGUGUCGCUGGGAUGGAUGUAUCUGGCUAUGGGAGUUUUCAUCGGCUCGGCAGUCAUGCCUGUAGCUUUCCUUCUGCUGUGGAGCAAGGCCUCUGCAUCUGGAGCUAUCACCGGGUGCAUUGUGGGCUGCCUGGCCGGAAUCACCACAUGGCUGUCGGUGACCAAGAUCGAGUACGGAAGAGUGAACCUCGAUACCACGGGGAGGAAUGCGCCCAUGCUGUCAGGAAAUCUGGUGUCCAUUCUCACAGGAGGUGCAGUGUGCGCUGUCAUCAGCAUGGUCAACCCUCAGAACUACACCUGGGAUACGACCAGAAACAUCACGAUGGUUGAGCUCGACACUUCAGACGUCCCCGAGGAUGAAUUCAAGGAGGAGAACUUGAAGCACGCACGCUGGUGGAUCAUCAAGUGGGGUCUGCUGUUCACCGUCAUCAUCCUCAUCAUCUGGCCUCUGCUCAGUCUUCCGGCCAAGGUGUUCUCGGAGGGCUACUUCACUUUCUGGGCCGUCGUUUGCAUCGUUUGGGGCACAGUGGCUUCUGUGGUGAUCAUUGUUUUGCCUCUGUACGAGAGCUGGGAGACUAUUGUGCUUGUACUCAAUGGCAUGUUCACGGAUGACAUCAUGCUUACUAAGAUGGACGAGAUCGACGUUAAGCUGCAGGCGAUCAUGAAGACCAAUCCCGAUGCAGAGAGGUUAUAUCUUCUUCAGAAGGAAGAGGCCAAGGCUAAACACGAGGACGAGUAUGAGACAGUAGCAGCGAAGAAGACUAAGGAUAUUGACCUUUGAGUGUUAUCUGUCGAUCCAACUGGGAAAGUGAACAUCUUUUUUUGUUGGUUCAAUUCCCAUCCAGGCCCUGAGGUUCAAGGGUUUCAGGAUAUCAAAUUGCACCAGUCGAAGCGGAGGCUCGCUUUAUUUGAACGUAGAAUCUGACGCAUAUCGUGGUGAAAACGUAAAGUUGUGUUUUCUGUGUACAUCAGCCCUUACCGUAGGCCUGACAGUUCACAAGAGAGUGAAUUCCGAGGCAGGACAUGGCCUUGUACUUGAGUAAAUACUGUCCCUGCAGUGCAAGUACCAUAGUCACUGGGGAAGAAGAUAUUAUCAGAGAGUCAAUUAGUAUAUAGGAGCGAUUCGUAGGGACAACAGAGGGUGUCCAGGGGUACAUUACAUACUGGAUACCCAUUCAGGAAGAUAAGAAACUGAUUUCUUGAUGUUGAAACAAAAAGUUCUGUAAUACAAAGUACUGUUAUUCAACUC